AUGUCAAAAAAUUUUUCAUCCAUCCAGGGAGUGAGUUCAAAUUCAGAAGUUUUGAAAAUAUUGAGAGAAUGUGACGAACUUAAGUCAACGCUGAAAAAUUAUGAGCGCCUUGUGGCAGAAAUUCGGGGUAACUUCAAAGUUUUAACAGCUGAGAGAGACAAAAUUGCCAGCCUUUAUGAGAGGGCACAGGAAGAGAUUUCCCGACUUCGUCAGGAAGUUAUCAAAUGCCCCAGGACUCCUAAAAGUACUGUGGCAGCUCAAGCUGUGUUAACACAUGUGGAGAUAGACAGGGAUACAGCACUGUCAGAUUUCCGAAGGAUGACUACAGAACGUGAUAGCCUCAAGGAGCAGUUAAAGAUUUCUUAAGAGACAGCAUUUAAUGAAAAGGCUCAUUUGGAACAGAGAAUUGAAGAGUUAGAAACUAUUAUUCAAAAUUUGGAUAGUGAAAGGUUAGAACAGGUCUCCAAAGUGGUGCUAAUGAAAGACAACAUUGAUUCUCUGGAAAGUGAAAUUAAAAGACAGACUAGAAGGGCAAUGGACUCUGAAACUGAGCUGAGCCAACAGGAAGCUGAAUAUGUUUCUCUUAGUUUAUUGAAUGAAAAGACAGAACAGAGUCUUUCAGAGACUCAGCAAAGCCUUGCUAAGAAAAAAUAUGAAAUGCAAUUUAGCCAAGAGAAAUUUAUGCUGUUGGAUGAAAAAAUUGAUAACUUUUCAAGACGAAAUCUUGUCCAACAAGAGGAGAUCUGUGCUUUGAAAGAAACAAUUGCACAACUUGAUAAAGAGAAGGCAACUUUGCACGACCGUGUGGAAGAAGGAAGAGAGAAGAUUGCUACUGUUGAGGAAAGCCUGGCAACUAAAGAAAGAAUAAUUUCAGAUUUCAAGAUUCUGAUUUCUGAGUUGGAGCAUUCCAUAAAAAAAUCUGCUGAAGCACUCUGUGUCCUUGAGAAAGAUAUCACCAGUUUGCAACAACAGCUACAAGAAACCAACAAAGAACUUGCACAGACUAACAAGAACAGAGAAUCAUUAGCUCAGGAGAAUGACAGGUUACAAGAACUUCUUUCUGAUAUUAAGCAAGAAAACCAGGUACUGUACAAAAAACUAUCAAAUUACCAAAAUGAGCUUGAUGAUACGAAGUUGAAAGCCCAGAAUUCAGACACAGAUAUUGUCAGGCUGAAAAGUGUACUGAAGUUUAAAGAAAGAGAGAACUGUGAGCUUUUGGAGAAUUACCACAAAGCCUGUGAACAAGGAGUAAGUUGGGAAGCAAAAUGCCAUCAAGCUGAAGCAGAUUGUAACUCUGUUAGACUGGCACUGAUGAGUGCGGAGUCUGAGAACCGCAGGUUGAAAGAGAAAAUUGAGUCCCUUGAAACAGAGAUGGAGCAACUGCAGAGCAAGUGUGAGUUAUCCCAUUCUGAAAUAGAGCUGCUGAGAAAACAACUGGGAAAUGAAAGAGCAUCUAUAAGAAACCUGGAAUCUUUGCUUCUGUCCAGUCGUCAGAAAGAAUUUCAGUCACAGAUAGCAAAGCAAGAAAAAGACUUUGAAAUUCAGUUUCUCAUGGAACAGCUUUCUUUAGCAGAAAAUAAACUUGCUGUGCAGAGUCGAGAUUUUACUCAGCUCAGAAAUAGAGCAGCUCAGCUACAGUCGGAACUGGAUAUGACCAAAAGACAACUGGGAACUGAGCACUUUGAAGGGGAAUGUGCUGUACAGGAGCUUCGACACCAGAAUCAUACAAUCUCCUAUCAGUUAAGCUCUACAUUGAGAACAUCAUCACCUGAACAUUCCCAGAAUUCAUCCCCCAAUUUGUUUCUGAACUGAUCCCUGGAAGGG